AUGUCUACACUGGAUCAUUCUACAGCGAUAUCGAUCUCCCCUUCAAAGAAAGAAAGAAUUCAGCAUGUCAGAGAGCGAAGAGAUGCAUCGAUUGCCAAGGUUCAGCCGGCCAUACCGGCCUUCGCGGAGCGGCUUUCUUCCAGUGUGACCACGGUACCAGGCAAAAUUCUUACCGACGAUGAGAUCUCCAUCACAGAAAAGCCAGUACGAGAACUUCUCGAUCUUUUGGCCAAGGAGAAGCUCACAGCCGUCGCCGUCACCCGUGCAUUCCUGCGACGAGCUGUGGUCGCUCAAAAUCUUGUCAAUUGUAUUGCUGAGCUCAAACCGGUUGAGGCAUUAGAGCGCGCCGAGGCCCUGGACAAAUACUUUCAAGAGCAUAAACGGCCCAUCGGAUCCCUCCAUGGCCUCCCAAUCAUCCGCGUGGGAGUGAUUGCCAGCACAAGUUUGGCUGUUUUGGAGACUCUUUAUGACGCUAGCGCAAUUUUCUUCGCCAGAACGACUCAACCACAAACCUUGGUGGCCAUGGACACUUCAUCCGAGCUUUAUGGAACCACGGUCAAUCCGUAUAACACAGAGGGAAGUCCCUUGGGUAUUGGCUCCGAUACUGGUGGGAGCAUUCGCCAGCCUGCAGGCGUCAAUGGACUCUACGGAUUCAAGCCCUCCUCGGGUCGGCUGACGCUGUUUGGAAUGUCGGGUCUUUUCGCGAGAAGAGAACAGAUUCCCAGCGUGAUUGGGCCCAUGUGCCCCAGUUUGGACGGCGUCGAGCUUGUCAUGAGAGUCGCCGCUGGGGCUCGACACGACAGGAUUGACCAGAGCCUCCCGCCUCUGGGAUGGAGAGAAGACAUUGACUUCCUCAAAAGGGGUGACGCCACACGCAGGUCGAAGGUCGGUAUCCUGUGGGACGAUGGCCAUGUCACACCACAUCCACCAGUGCGGAGAGCUCUUCGAGAGACUGUGGAAAAGCUCCGUGCACAGGACGACAUUGAAGUGGUGGAAUUCCAUCCACCUGACCACCAGCACGGCCUGGAAAUUUGGGCUCGCCUUAUUUUCGCUGACAACGGCGAGGGCAUGUUAGGGUUAUUGAAGGAGGGCGACGAAGAACUAAGACCUCUCAUCAAAUGGGCAUUCCACGAGAACCCUCACAUGCGGCAUCACACUCUGCAUGAAGUCUGGGAGUGGACUGGGAAGAGAGACGCCUUCAGGGCCGAAUAUCUGUCUCGCUGGAACGCCACGACUGGAAAAGCAGGUUCCAGUUCAUACGAGGACGCGAUGGAUGUGCUCCUCUCCCCGAACUUCCCUGGUGGUGCAUUCCCCAUAGACAAGACAAAGUACUGGGGGUAUACCUCAAUCUUUAACCUCCUAGACUACCCGGCCCUGGCCUUCCCCGUCACGACCGGCAAUCCGGAGAAGGAUCGAAUUGACGCUGAUUUCAACCCCCGGAACGAAGACGACAGAUUGGUCCACGAAGUCUAUGACCCGGAGCUCUAUCGUGGGGUCCCAAUUUCCUUGCAACUGGUGGGGAGACGAUGGGACGACGAAAAGGUUUUGCAAGCCAUGCGGUUCAUUGAGGAGAGGAUCGGAGCAGCGGAACUCGCCAGUUCAGCCACGUAA